UUCCCCUGUUUUUUAAAAGAAAGCACCCUAUUUUCAAAAAAGAAAAAAAAGUCCUCGAAAUCUCGUUCAAAACAACCCUAAAUCAUGGGUCAGGGAACACCCGGCGGUCUGAAUCGGCAAGGCUUUCCAGGGGACCGGAAACAGGAUGGAUCUGAUAAAAAGGAGAAGAAAUUUGAGCCGGCGGCACCUCCAGCCAGGGUGGGUCGUAAGCAACGAAAACAAAAAGGACCCGAAGCGGCGGCGCGUAUCCCGACUGUGACGCCGCAUACCAAGUGUAAGCUCCGGCUGUUGAAACUGGAGCGGGUCAAGGACUACUUACUUAUGGAAGAAGAGUUCGUUGCUAAUCAGGAACGGCUCAAGCCGCAGGAAGAGAAAGCCGAGGAAGAUAGAUCUAAAGUCGACGAUUUGAGAGGAUCGCCCAUGAGCGUGGGUAAUUUGGAGGAGCUGAUCGAUGAGAAUCAUGCGAUUGUUUCAUCGUCAGUUGGACCGGAGUAUUAUGUUGGGAUUUUAUCUUUUGUGGAUAAGGAUCAGUUGGAGCCUGGAUGUGCUAUUUUGAUGCACAAUAAGGUUCUUUCUGUUGUUGGACUUCUGCAAGAUGAUGUUGAUCCAAUGGUAUCAGUGAUGAAGGUCGAAAAGGCUCCUUUGGAAUCUUAUGCCGAUAUAGGAGGUUUGGAUGCUCAGAUACAGGAGAUUAAAGAGGCAGUUGAGCUCCCUCUUACCCACCCUGAACUAUAUGAAGACAUUGGUAUCAAGCCUCCAAAAGGGGUUAUCUUGUAUGGAGAGCCUGGGACAGGCAAGACCUUGCUCGCAAAGGCUGUGGCUAAUUCUACAUCAGCAACUUUCUUACGUGUUGUUGGCAGUGAAUUAAUUCAGAAGUACUUGGGAGAUGGUCCCAAGUUAGUUAGGGAACUCUUCAGAGUUGCCGAUGACCUUUCCCCUUCUAUUGUCUUUAUUGAUGAAAUUGAUGCAGUUGGUACUAAGAGGUAUGAUGCCCAUUCUGGUGGUGAACGUGAAAUUCAGAGGACCAUGUUGGAGUUGCUGAACCAAUUAGAUGGCUUCGACUCAAGAGGAGAUGUCAAAGUGAUUCUUGCAACAAAUAGAAUUGAAAGUCUUGAUCCAGCUUUGCUUCGUCCUGGUCGAAUUGAUAGGAAGAUUGAAUUCCCCCUGCCCGACAUCAAAACAAGGAGGCGCAUUUUCCAGGUAUGUGAUUAUCUCAUGAGAAUGACGCUGGCUGAUGAUGUGAACUUGGAAGAAUUUGUGAUGACUAAAGAUGAGUUCUCUGGAGCUGAUAUAAAGGCAAUAUGUACUGAGGCUGGUUUGCUUGCUUUAAGAGAGCGACGCAUGAAGGUGACACAUGCAGACUUUAAGAAGGCCAAGGAAAAGGUGAUGUUUAAAAAGAAAGAAGGGGUUCCAGAAGGACUUUAUAUGUAGCAGAAUUACUUGGUUUUAGCAAUAUUUCCUCAGUGCUGUACUUGUUAUUCUGGAUUCCUUCUGUUCUUCUUCCUCCUUUUUAAGCAUUUUGAAGCCUAAAAAAGCUGUAAACCUUUUGAGACAUUUUACAAGGAGACUUCUUUGCGUGA